UGCGGCUGCGUUGCCGUGCGAAUGGCAAGUUGUUAGGUGACGUGUUUGGCUGUGCAAACUGAAGAAAAUAUAAAAAACACAAUGCAAACACGGCUUAUUUUGCUACUACUCGCUCUUGCCCCGCUAGUCCUGGCCAAGAAGUUCAAAGAGGAGGAGAAACCGGCGUGGGCCAAGAAGGACAUUCGCGACUACAGCGAGGCGGACUUGGAGCGUCUACUAGAUCAAUGGGAGGAGGAUGAAGAGCCCCUGGAGGCGGAUGAGCUCCCUGAGCACCUUCGACCGCAGCCCAAGCUGGAUCUGUCCAAUUUGGACAGCAAGAACCCCGAGGACCUGCUGAAGAUAUCCAAAAAGGGGCGCACUCUGAUGACUUUCGUCUCGGUGACCGGCAAACCAACCAGGGAGGAAGGCGAAUCUAUCACCAAGCUGUGGCAAACCAGUCUCUGGAACAACCACAUCCAGGCGGAGCGGUACAUGGUCGAUGAUGACCGCGCCAUCUUUCUCUUCAAGGAUGGCACUCAAGCCUGGGAGGCCAAGGAUUUCCUCAUCGAACAGGAACGCUGCAAGGGCGUGUCUAUCGAAAAUAAGGAGUACCCGGGUGUCCAUGCCCAGAAGGACGAACUGUAGACCAGUUUUAGAAUUUCAUCAAAACAUUCUCAUGCACUCAAGUAUUUUUUAAGCUUAAAGUUGAACAAAUUUAAAUAAAGUGAAUUUAUUAAAGAGUA